AAACGAGGUUAGUGUCAUACACCAGUCUCGGAGACCUCAUAUUUUCCAACAGUUAAACCCUUUUGUGUUCACACUCUCUCACUGUUUGCCACUUGCCAGUGGCUACAAUACAACUCAGUCUGAGUUUAGAAGACAACUCCACAACACAAACACCUCUUUCUCCACUACACACUCACUGCAUAAUGUUUACUAGUUACAGGCUAUUACUUCUCACAUUUUUCUUCUUAUUUUUUCAUUUUUCCACUUCUUCUUUCUUGUCACAACUCACUUCAGGGAAAGAAAAUGAGGGAAAUGGUGUAGCAUUUUCAAGGUGGGAUGAAAUUGCUGCUGAACCAUAUGAGAACUCACCACCAUCACUACUACCAUUUGAGAACUCACCAUCAUCACUUCCCUUAGCUGCAGAGAGAACAACAAGAAAAGAUCCUUUUCAUGGCUUCAAUAAGUACACAAAUGGUUGGAAUAUCACUGACCACCAUUAUUGGACUUCAGUGUCAUAUACUGCAGUUCCUGUACUCAGCAUUGCAACAAUAUGGUUCUUAGGUUUUGGCUUGUGUUUACUGCUCCUCAUUGUCGGACACUUCUGUCGUAAAUCUGAGCCUUAUGGUUAUUCUACAACAUGCUAUUCAGUUUCCCUUAUUCUCCUCAUAUUGUUCACAUUUACAACACUGAUCGGAUGUGGGGUUCUGUAUAUUGGACAAGGUAGUUUUCAUCGCAGCACAACUACGACAUUGCAAUAUGUAGUGUAUCAAGCUGAUUCUGCUGUGGAUAAACUAAGGAAUGUUUCUGAUUACCUAGCUCAAGCUAAGCUGGUUGGAAUCGAUCGAGUUUUUCUUCCUGCCAAUGUUCAAACUGAUAUUGACACAGCAGAAGCAGAUAUCAAUACUUCUGCUGCCACAAUUUCUGAGAAGACAAAGGAGAAUUCAGCUAACAUACAAGAUCUCCUGGAUUCUGUGAGGAUGGCGCUAAUCAUAAUAGCUGCAGUUAUGCUAGUCUUGACGUUUCUUGGAUUUCUGUUCUCAAUUUUCGGAAUGCAGGUCCUUGUGUAUGUCUUGGUAGUCGCGGGAUGGUUUCUUGUUACUGGCACCCUUAUAUUAUGUGGCUUAUUCGUUAUUCUCCACAAUGUGACAGCAGAUACAUGUGUAGCCAUGAAUGAAUGGAACCAAUAUCCUACUGCAAAUACAGCCCUGGAUGAUAUUCUGCCUUGUGUGGACAAUACCACUGCACAAGAAACAUUGUUAAGAAGCAAAGAAGUGACUUCUGAACUAGUCAACUUGGUGAACCAAGUUAUUACCAAUGUCUCUAACAUAAAUUUCGCACCCAAUUUCACGCCGCUGUACUACAAUCAAUCUGGUCCCCUGAUGCCACUCCUCUGCGAUCCGUUCCGCCCUGACAUGACAGAUAGACAGUGCGACUCUGGUGAAGUUAACCUAAGCAAUGCAACACAGGUAUAUGGGAACUUUGUGUGCCAAGUUUCACCAUCAGAGAUAUGCACGACUCAGGGGCGUUUAACCCCAACCUUCUAUAACCAAAUAUCCGCUGGAAUAAAUGUUGGUAAUGCCUUAUAUAACUAUGCGCCGUCCCUUGUUGAGCUACAAGACUGCACCUUUGUUCGAGAAACAUUCACUGAUAUAUACAAUGAUCAUUGUCCUGGUCUACGGCGUUAUAGUAGAUGGAUUUACGCUGGACUAUUAAUGGUCUCUUUUGCUGUGAUGUUCUCUUUGAUCUUCUGGGUUGUGUAUGGAAGAGAACGGAAACAUCGUCUAUAUUCAAAAGAAUCAAAAGACUUGGUAACUCCUACACGAACACCAGCACGAGCACCAACACGGCCACCAGCACGAGUACCAGCACCAAGACUAGCACCAGCACCAGCACCAGCACCAAGACUAGCACCAGCACCAGCACCAACACUAGUACCAACAGAACAUGCACUUGCACUAAAUCCAUAUUGAGCAACAUCAUUGAUAAAUGAUGUUUUAACAAAGUUUAGAUUUUUUAUUUUCAUUGUUGGUGUACAAUGUUGUAGCUUCUUUGUAAUGACACUACUAGUAGUAUCUGGUAAGAGUUGAUGUGAUGAAAGAUAUGUUAUAUGGCCUUGAAAAGGGGAACGAGGACAAAGUAUAAGACACAAGAUAAAACAGAAUGAAUUAAGUAGCUUCUGCUUUGUUA